AUGAACAGUAUACCAUUUACAUCUGUUCCGAUUGAGGUAACUAUAGGAAUUGAUCAGUAUUCAUUUAAUGUUAAGGAGAAUCAGCCCUUUCACGGGAUCAAGGAUAUCCCCAUCGGACACGUCCAUGUAGUCCAUUUUCAGCAUGCAGAUAAUUCUAGUUUGAGGUAUGGCUACUGGUUUGACUCUACAAUGGGAAACUAUUACAUCCAAUACAAUCACGAAGGUGGUCUUUACGAAAUGAUGGAAGAACCGAAUGAUGCAAAAUUCGAGAAUAUCGUUCAUGACUUAAUGGGACGGCAGAUGAUGAUUUCGUAUCCUAAAAUUGACGAAGAUGAUAUGUGGCACAAUCUUGUUGAGUUUGUUCAAAUGGAUAAAAUCCGAAAGGUAGUAAGGCAAGAUGAAAACGGGUUCUCUUACGUGGAUUCUUCGAUGACCACAGUACAAGAAAAUGAACUACUAAAAUACAGCUUGCAAAAAGCCGGUUCCAAAAUGGAAAGCGGGAAUGAAGAUGAUCCUGCGCAUUGCUUAAACUAUACCAUAAUAAACUUCAAAUCAAGAGAAGCUAUAAGAUCUGGUCAUGAAAUGGAGGACUUUUUAGACAAGUCCUACUACUUGAACACUGUAAUACUAGAAAGAAUUUUUCAACAUUCAAGUAAUAACUAUUUUGGAGAACUACAGUUUGCGUUCUUAAAUGCCAUGUUCUUCGGUAACUACGGGUCGAGUUUGCAAUGGCACGCGAUGAUUGAACUCAUAUGUUCAAGCGCUUCGGUGCCUAAACAUAUGCUCGGUAAAUUAGACGAAAUCUUAUAUUUUCAGAUAAAAAUCUUACCUGAGCAGUAUUCAGACAUCUUGUUGAAUGAACAAGUUUGGAGUACUUGUCUGUAUUCUUCAUUUCAGAAAAACUCCGUGCCCAACACAAAAACGAUAAUGGAGGACAAAUAUCCAGAAUUACUUGGUGAAGACAAUGAAGAUGACUCUAUUGUUCAUGAUCUCAGUGACGAUGAAGAGGAUGAGGAAGAAGAUGAGUAUAAACCUACUAUUGCUGGCGGUAUCUAUUACCAAAGGUGA